AUUAUACCUAUUUCUAAAAUUUCCUUUGGUACUCCCCUAUUUUUAAAGAAAGUGUUAAACCCUAUCAAGCAACUCCCACUGUUUAAAGUUCACAAUCGCCGGAAGUUAAAACCCUCUUAAAAACUCAGCCGUCUCCGGCGGAUAUGGCUGGUCCAUUACUCCGUCGUCUAUGGUCAUCAUCUCAUAGAUCCAUAUCUUCCUCUUCUUUCUCCUCUUACCAUCUUAAAUCGCAUAUUAUUUCACCAUCAUCCGUCUUGCCCAAUCUCCUCGCGCGCGCUUUUUCAGCAGCCACUGCCACUGCUGCUGCUACCGCACCUACCAGCGACCUUGAUCCGAGCCGACUCAGGAACGUGGCAGUGAUUGCUCAUGUUGAUCAUGGAAAAACAACUCUCAUGGACCGUUUGCUCCGGCAGUGCGGCGCGGAUAUACCACACGAGCGAGCUAUGGAUUCGAUCAGUCUUGAGCGUGAACGAGGUAUCACCAUAGCGUCCAAGGUUACUUCAGUUUCAUGGAAGGAAAAUGAGUUGAACAUGGUUGAUACGCCCGGUCACGCAGAUUUUGGUGGAGAAGUUGAACGUGUUGUUGGAAUGGUUGAAGGUGCAAUUUUAGUUGUCGAUGCUGGUGAAGGUCCACUGGCACAAACAAAAUUUGUUCUUGCAAAGGCCUUAAAGUAUGGGCUGCGACCUAUUCUUCUUCUAAACAAAGUAGACCGACCAUCAGUAUCUGAAGAAAGGUGUAGUGAAGUUGAGAGCUUGGUAUUUGAUCUAUUUGCAAAUCUAGGCGCCACAGAGGAGCAGUUGGACUUUCCUGUUCUUUAUGCUUCUGCUAAAGAAGGGUGGGCUUCCAGCACUUACACUAAAGAUCCUCCUGGCGAAUUGAGAAAUAUGUCACAGUUGCUUGAUGCUAUUAUAAGACAUGUUCCUCCUCCAGCGGCAAAACUUGACCAACCUUUUCAGAUGCUGGUUUCUAUGAUGGAGCGGGACUUUUAUCUUGGACGAAUAUUGACUGGACGCAUUGCUUCUGGUGUCGUUCGAACUGGUGAUAGAGUUCACGGACUCCGAGUCAAGGAUUCUGGGGUUGAAAAAAUUGAAGAGGGAAAGGUCGUGAAAUUAAUGAAAAAGAAAGGUACAACUGUUGUUCAAAUUGAUAGUGCUGGGGCUGGCGAUAUAGUGUCAAUGGCUGGGUUGGCAAAUCCUUCCAUAGGCCAUACUGUGGCUAAUGUUGAAGUUUCGGCUGCUUUGCCUACUUUUGAAUUGGACCCUCCUACUAUUUCAAUGACUUUUGGUGUUAAUGAUUCUCCACUGGCAGGUCGUGAUGGUACACAUUUGACUGGUGGAAAAAUUGGUGACCGGUUAAUGGCUGAAGCAGAAACAAAUCUUGCCAUAAAUGUGCUUCCAGGCUUGUCAGAAUCUUAUGAGGUGCAGGGGCGAGGCGAACUUCAACUAGGUAUUCUAAUUGAGAACAUGAGACGUGAAGGAUUUGAGUUAUCCAUUUCACCACCUAAAGUAAUGUAUAAAACUGAGAAUUCAACGAAGCUUGAGCCAAUUGAAGAAGUCACCAUAGAGGUUAAUGAAGAACACGUUGGUUUAGUUAUGGAAGCCUUAUCACAUAGGCGUGCUGAAGUUACUGAGAUGGGUCCAGUCCCAGGCAGCAUUGGCAGAACUAGAUUGUGUUUGACAUGCCCAUCCAGGGGCUUAGUUGGUUACAGAAGUGUGUUUAGCAGCGAUACACGUGGAACUGGUUUUAUGCAUCGAGCAUUCUUAAAUUAUGAAAAACAUCGGGGUCCUCUUGGAAAUGUUCGAAAAGGAGUACUGAUAUCAAUGGGAUAUGGAGCAAUUACAGCUCAUGCUUUAAUGAGUUUAGAAGCGCGAGGAACUCUUUUUGUAAAUCCUGGAAUGGAGGCUUAUGAUGGAAUGAUUAUUGGAGAACAUUCUAGGGACUCAGAUCUAGAUGUUAAUCCUGUAAGAACUAAAGAACUAACCAAUGUCCGGGCUGCUUCCAAAGACGAAAACGUGAAGCUAUCUCCGCCUCGACUUAUGAGUCUUGAAGAAGCGAUAGGAUACGUUGCAUCUGAUGAACUUAUUGAGGUUACACCAAAGGCCAUUCGUUUAAGGAAGAAAUAUUUGGAUGUCAACAAGCGCAAGGCCAUGAGUAAGAAGCCCAAGGAAUGAACUACCUUCCUACCCUCAAUACCUGGUUUCUGUUGGGUGUACUAAAAAUGCCUGAUCGAUGAGUAAUUGUUCCUUCCAUCAUAUUAUAUUCUUUUAAAGUACACAAGUUUAGGUGGGCAGAAAAAGUAAUACGAAAAAUAAUUUAUUCUCUUGUAUCAUAGGCUAAACAAGUUUUUAUUUGAUUUUUAGAGCUGAAGCUGUUAGACAAUAAGCAGAGUAGAACAAUUAUUCCCCUCUUGUAUCUAUUUGUUGGCCAUUUCAACAAAUGAAGUAUACAGAUGAGACAUACCGUGUCAAGUAGUAAUUGGUUUCAAGAAUUUACAUCAUCUCAAGAAUGUAACAGUAGCUACUUCAAUCAUAUUUUCUUUCAUUCGUGAAA